AUGGCAGCCAAUACUACACAUUACCAUAUCUCAUCUUUCUUCCUGGUUGGUAUUCCUGGUUUGCAAGAUUUUCACUGCUGGAUUGGAAUUGCUGUUUGCCUUCUGUUUCUCUUGAGCCUACUGGGAAACAGCGUAAUCAUUGUUACCGUUAAGCUAGAGCCAAGCCUCCACCAACCUAUGUAUUUCUUCCUUUGCAUGUUGGCAAUGAAUGAUGUGGCUCUUGCCUAUUCCACAGCCCCCAAGAUGCUUGGCAUCUUUUGGUUUGAUGAUCAUCGGAUUGACUUUAAUGUCUGCCUUGCACAACUGUAUUUUAUCCACACAUUUUGCGUUAUAGAAUCAUCUCUGCUUGUCUCCAUGGCCUUCGAUCGCUUCAUAGCUAUUUGCAUACCACUGCGGUAUACAACCAUUCUGACAACAUCACUGGUCAUUAAAAUGGGUCUAGUUGGUGUGAUUCGAGCUUCACUUCUGGUUUUGCCCUGUCCUGUCCUUAUUAACAGACUUCCAUAUUACACUAAAUAUGUCAUUAAUCAUGCCUAUUGUGAGCACAUGGCUGUGGUGAAGUUGGCCAGUGCCAACACGUUUGUUAACCGAGCAUAUGGAAUUUCUGUGGCUCUUUCAGUGAUAGUAUUGGACUUAGGUCUCAUAGCAGCAUCCUACAUCAAAAUCCUGCAGGCAGUCUGUCGGCUCUCUUCCCAGAAUGCUCGCUCUAAAGCAUUGGGCACCUGUGCUGCUCACAUCUGCACUAUUCUUGUGUUAUAUACACCAGCGCUCUUUAGCUUCCUAACUCAUCGCAUUGGUAAGAAGGUACCUCCGAGUGUCCACAUAAUUUUUGCAAGUGUGUACCUUCUAGUACCCCCCACAGUGAAUCCUCUCGUGUAUGGCGUCAAGACAAAGCAGAUUCGUGACCGAGUGUUGAAUCUUUUCUUCCCAAACAAGAAGAUUUCUGAAAAUUAA